AUGCUCAGCUCAUUGGGCCUCUGCGCUGCCUUAGCGUGCGGACUGGCUUUGGCAGGCCCUCAAAAGACCUGCGCCGACUACGACAUAUCGAUCACCGUCACCUCCGAGAAUCUCAUCCUGGGUGGCCUCCCUGAGUUCGAGGACAAUUACGAUGUGGCGGACUUCCUCUCGAAUCUGGGCAGCCGCACUGCAGCGGUCGACUUCCAGCCCGUCUCUGGGAUUGAAAAUCAAACGACUUCGUACACUAUCUCGGCAACUGUCUGUUCACCCGUCGACCCCAAAGCAAAACACCGACAAACUGUGUUGAUGGCUACGCACGGCUUGAACUUCGAUCGCAAGUACUGGGACCCGGCCAUUCAACCCGAUAAGUACAGCUUCGUCGACUUUGCGAUUGAGCGUGGCUACUCGAUCUUCUUCUAUGACCGGCUUGGAGUUGGAAAAUCUUCGAAAGUCUCUGGCUAUGUCAGCCAGCUUCCCAAUCAAGUCGCCAUCGCCACGAAACUUGCGCAGCUCAUCAAGGCCGGGAAGAAUUCUCCGGCAAUCGGCAAGCCAAAGUCUUUAGUGCUGGUGGGACACAGCUACGGAAGCCUGAUUUCUGCUGCAACUGUCACGGCGCAACCAGAUAUCUGUGAAGGCCUCGUCUUGACUGGCUUCAGCUAUAAUGGAACGAACAUUCCAGUGUUUCUACAAGCAGCGGAGCCUCGCAUCGCAUCGACCCAGUCGAAAAAAUGGAGUAGCCUCGACAGCGGAUAUCUGACUCCUGUGGACAUCUUCGCCAACGUCAAUACAUUCUUCAAGAAGCCGGACUACGAUCUCGACGUUGUCAAGUAUGCGGACAAUCACAAGGCACCGUUCGCUGUAGCGGAGUUCCUUAGCGCUGAAGCCCUUGACGUGGUGCCGACACAGUUCCAAGGCAAAGCGAUGGUUAUUGCGGGGCAAUAUGACUACAUCUUCUGUACUGGCCAGUAA